AUGGCCACCCCACAGUCUUUGGAAACUCCCCAAUUCUUGCAUAUUCGUGAUUCUCUACAGAUGGUGUGGGUCCUGAAGGGAAAUUCUUUAAUAGCAGUUCCAUCUAGCAACAAUGUCAAGCCUGUCAUUCUUGCCUUAGUAUCAUGUACAGACCAAAAAUUGAAAAAGGAAGAAAAAGAUAAUCUGGUUUACCUGGGAAUCCGCGGCAUGAAUCUCUGUCUCUUUUGCGCAGAAAUUCAAGGCCAGCCUACCUUGCAGCUUAAGGAGAAAGACAUCAUGGACCUGUACCAUAUGAGUGAAGGGCAGAAGCCUUUUCUCUUUCUCCACAUUUUAGAGGGCUCCACCUCCGCCUUUCAGUCUCUCUCCUACCCUGACUGGUUCAUAGCCACCUCCUCCAUGGCUGGACAGCCCAUCACUCUCAGCAAGGAGAGGGGCAAAACUGACAACACUAACUUCCAUUUAGAGGUUUAG